CUACUGAAACUGACUUCUUCUUUCUCCACACAUUUUCUACCCCCACCAACUCACUUUUGACUUAUUCAGGUUCCUUUCUUCACUUACCCUCAUUUCUUUCUCUAUCCUCCAUUAUUCUUCUUCUCACAUCAUCUCACUUUCUGAUCCUUCACAUGCACCCACUUCAUACACAUUCUUUCUAAUCCUUCAGUUGCUGUGCGAUUUGGUGUUGAUGUGGGUUUCAGUGUGUGGCAGGUCGAUGGUAGCCGAAACAAGCUACCAGAGUUCCUUCGUAUCACCGAGAGACUUGCAAGGGCUUUAUCGAUGUUUUGUGUUGCCAGAAGUUGCAGAGGGUCAUCGUCGGAAGUUGCAGAGGGUCAUUGCCUGAAGUUGCAGAGGGUCGCGAUCUAUGCUUACAACAUAUUUGUUUGAAGAGACGAAGAAAUCCUAAUCAUCUACCACUACCAGUCAUUGUUGUCGGAAUCCCUCACAAGCUCCAUCAAUGGCCUCCUCACUAGCUCUCACCACCAGUCUCAUGAAACUCCUCCGCUCACGCCUCUCACCCCAUGUGGCCAGUUCCGAAGCCAACUCCGAUCUCACCACCGCCGUUGAUCACACAAAGCUUUGUUCCGGCAGAAAUCACCGGCAUCACUGUGGGCGAUCGCAGCCUUUGACUUCGGCUUUAUGCGGCGCCGAAGACUGAAGAAUAAAAAAAUAGAAUAAAAAAAUGAGAGCAUUAUUGGUAUUUUAUACCCAUGAAUUUCUUAUUUUUUAUAAUAAUUUAAUAAUUAAUGAUAAAUUAGUAAUUGUAUUUGUCACUCCAAAAGUUGUCUCCACGGUCUUAAAGGGUAUUUUAAUUGCUUUUAAUAGUUAAGGGGUGUAAUUUACUUUCAAAAAUAAUUUAGAGGGGCAUUUUGCAAUAAUUGUAUAGUUUAGGGUUUUUUUUUAAAUUUUGCUCUUUCUUCCUAAAAUUAUCAGAUUUCUUUACAGAUGGUUUUCGAGAAAUGAGCCAGACAGACUUGUUUUAUUUUUUUUUUGUCCUCUCUCUCUCUCUAUCUAUAUAUAUAUAUAUAUAUAGCUGAAGUUGUAGCAAGCGCCAGAGUGAAAAUGUCCCAAAGGGUUUUUACAUUUCCUUUCCUCUUCUUUCUUGUUCUUUUUGUCAUCUCCUUCUCUGUUUGGUACGGAAGUGAAUGGAGUGACGAUCAUGUUGAUUACCUAAGAGUCAUAAGUGAGGGAAGAAUUACGAAAAGAGUGAGAUGCCCAAUGCCACACUUUGUUCUAGUGCAUGGCUAUGGAGGCGGAGCUUGGCAAUGGUACAAAAUCAGGGCCCUCUUGGAGACAUACGGCUACAAAGUCACCUGUCUCGACCUCAAGAGUGCCGGUAUCGAUCGGUCCGAUGCUUGUGAAGUUCGUAGUUUUGAAGAGUAUAACAAGCCUCUCAUCAAUUUCAUGGCCAAUUUGAGUGAUCAUGAGAAGGUGAUAUUGGUAGGGCACAGUGCUGGAGGUCUGAGCGUGACGGACGCAAGUCGCAAGUUUGGUAAGAAAAUUGGGGUAGCAGUAUAUGUUGCAGGUACAAUGUUGGAGCAUGGGUUCAUGACAGAUCAAGACAAGAAGGAUGGAAUUCCAUAUUAUGCACUUAGCAACUUGAACAACUACAAAUGUGUUUCGGGACUUGAUCAGCCUUCAACCACCUUAAAGCAUAGUCGCUAUCAAAUCAAUGCUAAUAUAGGACCCCAAGAGGAGGAGGUAUUAGGUUUGAUGCUUCACCGGUCUGGACCACCAUUGAAGGCAAUAGUAGGAGCUCAAUUCGAAGGAGAUGGUGCAGAUGAUGUGCCACGUGUAUACAUCAUGACAAGGUAUGAUCAUGUUCUCAGACCGGCGCAGCAAGCCGCUAUGAUAAGGAAGUGGGCACCAUUGAAGACCUAUGUUGUGGAAAGCGGUCACGCCCCACUUUUCUCUGACCCUUUUGUGCUUUCUGGGUUGCUAGUCAAAGCUGCAAACUUCAUCGAAUGUAACUGAACUUGGGUCAGCAUAUAUACGAAUAUAUAGGUGUAUAUAUGUAUAAUGAAGAGGCUGGUUGAAAUCAGAUGGUUAGGGUCGUGAAGAGGCUGUCUUGGACUAGUUCCUAUGAUGAUGAGAAAAAGUUCUACUUGUAAAAUGGAGUAUGGUUUAAUCAGUUGAUAAAAUUGAACUAUUUGGCCAUACUAAAACAUAUGGAGUCUUAUUCUAUGAAAAUUGAAUCAGCUUAAUUUACUUUCA